GGGGUUAAUACUGUAGGCAGAAACCUACUUUUACUGAUAUUAUCUGAAAAAUUAGAAAGUUCUGGUCUCCACUCCCCUUCUCUCUCUCUCUCUCUCUCAAAAUGGCCUCUACUCUCACCCCCGUCUGCCCUGUCGUUAUCCAAGCUUCUGCCAGCUCCGGCCACCGUAGGCCCGACCAAGAUCGUCGGAAAGGUUCGUCCUCCAGCUGGUGGACUCCGAUCUUCGGCUGGUCUUCCGAGCCAGACUACAUUGAUUCCAACAACAACAAAACAGCGGAUCGGCAGGAGAGAUCCGAGUCCGCUGUCGAUUCGAAAUCGAAACCUGGGAAACCACGAUUCGCUGGUUGCUUCACGGAGGACAAGGCGAGGCAGCUCCGGUUGAUGACCAUGGAGACCUUUCCCGACACCAUGUAUCGCUCGGCGAUCGCUUCUCGACUCGCCUCCGACUUCAAGACUCCCUCCGAUCCGUAAACUCUCUGGCUUCGGCAUUCUAACGUUGCAUAUCUUACUAGCUGAAUUUUCCUUCCUUUUUUUUGUUUUGCGUGUCAAAUUUUAGUCUCUGAUGGCACUGUUGAUGAUGAAUGAUGAAGAAUGUGUAAUACUUUGGAUGAUUAUGUAAUAUGUAUAUAAAAUCCAGUUAGUAAGUGA